UAGCCACGACAAUAGCUAGUGGGGUGAGUAAUGGCGGUAACCGACUGGCACUGUGAGGGGCCAAGAAAUUAGGGUUUUUAAAGGCAAAUCCGAAGCUGCUUUUAACCUUUACCGUGUCUCAACUUCCUUGAAAUUUCUUACUCAAAACUCAACUGUUCGAAAUUGAAGAAAACCCAACAAUAACAAGAAGAAGAACGAUGUCUGACUACCUGCCAAACGACGUCGUGGUUGAGAUCCUCGCAAGAGUGCCCGUCCGAUCUCUCCUCCGAUUCACCUCCGUUUGCAAAUUAUGGUACUCUCUGAUCACAAACCCUAGUUUCAUUUCCACACAACUCAAUCGGACAAUUUCAAACACGACCACCACCAACAAUCACCUACUCUUUGUUAGGCACUACAACAUGUUUCAGGACAUAGGGCGAUACGCUAUACAUUUCGAUAACGAAUCAUUAGAUGUGUAUAUGGAGCUUGAAUGCCCUUUCACGACUGUGAAUGAUUAUUUCAGGAUAGUGGGUGUGUGUAAUGGUUUGAUAUGUUUAUCUGAUGAUUAUGAUUCUCAUACGGACACAGUGAUUAUAUGGAACCCAUCUAUUAGGAAAUCAGUGAACCUUCCCCAACCCGGAUUGAGAUUUGCGUCUCAUGGCAUGUGCCUUCUUGGGUUUGGCGUUGAUUCCUUGAAUGAUGACUAUAAGGUGGUUAGGGUUUUGUAUGAAGCAGAGAAUCAUAAUUACAAAGUUCCUCCUAGUGUUGAGGUUUACACGCUUAAUACCGGAACUUGGAGAAACAUUUCUGCUGCUGCGUCGACACCAUUUGUUCUCCAUGGCUUUUUCACAUUGCCCACUUUCUUGAAUGGUGCUGUCCACUGGGUUGCAUCUAAUUGCAUCGACGAUAAUAGUUUCCGUAGUUUGAUUGUGGGUUUUGAUAUGGGUGCUGAAGUGUUCCGGGAGAUGAUGCUGCCGGAGAGCGUAGCCCAUACAGAUGUAUUGAAAUUGUCUGUUAGUGUUCGGGGCACAUCACUUGCUCUUACUCAGUAUCAAAAAAUUUGGCAGAGCGAAAACUGUUGGGUAUGGGUGAUGAAAGAGUAUGGUGUAGUGAAGUCUUGGACGAAACUAUUCACUAUUGAUAUGCGAGAAGGAAUAAGGACCUUCAUGGGCUUUAGGUCGAAUAAUGACGUUCUACUGUCAGCAAGAGUAAGAGGCUUGGUUUCAUAUGACCCUAAUAUCAAGCAGAUCAAGUAUCUUAGAAUCCAUGGCAGCAAUCGCUCAUUUUAUGCGGAUUCUUAUGUGGAGAGCCUAGUUUUACUUAAGGGAGAAAAUAGAGUCCUGGCUCAGGCAAAUUCUUAUCAUGCUAUUUCUAAUGGGGUGGCAAAUAUUUCAGUUAGAGAAGAGGAUAGAGUGGAGGAGCAACAGUGACUGGAAAUAGUAAAGAGGAGCAAGGUUCAAUGGAAGUUGCAGUAUUGAUGAAUUAUCUCAUCUUCCUCCUAGUUGUGAAGUAUAUGCUUGGGGUGAUAUAUGAAACUCAAAAAAGUGCAUUUUGUAGGGUGUUUGGAGGAUCCCUGGAGACAGAUCUAACCUUUUGGUUUGGCUAUCCAACAAUCUCAUGAUUGAUAUGUUUGCAAGACUAUCUAUCAAGACUCUCCUAUAGAUCGGGUGCGUUUGCAAAAUCACGGUACUAUCUAAUCAAGGGGAAUAAUUUCAUUGCAGAAAUCAAUUAAAAUACUGUGAAGGACGAAAUAUUUUUUUAGGUUAGUGGUUCCAUGAAAUGAGGUGCUAUGAUAGUCAGACAAGUACUCUGGAUGAUUCCAAUUGUAUCAUAUAGUCUGGAAACCAAUGUUAGAAAAAGCUUGAACCUUUAAGUGUCCCAAAUGCUUACAAUUCGCAUGGCCAAUAUAUGUUUUUUGGGGACUCAGGUAUGACCCCAGUACUAAGGAGUACCAGGUGGAAAGAAUCGCAUAUCUCCAAUAAAAGGAGAUGUGUGGUUACGUAACUUAUCCCAAGGUUGAUUUACGCACAUAGCAAGGACUCAUGGAGGAGCAUUAGUGCAGUCAUUCCACAUGUCGUAUUUGGUCAUUUGUGGUUGAAGGUAGUUGUGAAUGGGGUUCUCCAUUAGAUUUUGUGUGAUCCUGAUGAGGAGGAUGCGUACUGUUAUCUGGUUUUGUCAUUUGAUAUGGGCAAUGAGGUGGUCGGCAAGAUUAUGCUUCCGUAAGGUAGGCAGCGAGUUUAUGCUUCACGUCUCUGCUGGCGGGGCUAUCAGGGACUACUUUGUCUCUUCGAGUUAUCUGUCUGAUCAUUAUUGUUGAUUACAUAAUCAACAAUAACUUAACCAGAGUGCUGUCUAUGGGUGAUGGAGUUUGGUGUAGCGGAGUGCUAUACUAGACUAUUCACUGUUGCUCCAUUAAGGCUAGUGGAGAAGGUUUAAGGAUUUAUUUAGAAUGAUGGUACUGCUGGAAACAUCAGGUGCUAUAACUUAAGCAGAAAUAUGUUUUCAUGUGAUUUUGAGGGCAGAUAGAUUAUUGUGUGUGUAGGAUCUGUGGGUUGACAAGGUCGUUUCAUGUUCAAAUUUGUGUGUGAAACCUAGAUCGCCUCAAUUUAGAAAAGGGUACUUUGGGGGGAAAAGUAUAAUUCUGGUGAUGCAUUUACUAUAAUGGUGGAAAGGCCAUUGAGGAGGGGAAAAGGAUGGAAAUGGAGAGCAGCACGACCAAGAAUCCUGAAGCAGGCCAAGAAAAAUGGGAAGCAUAUGAAGGAAACUGUUUACAGUUUAUGAUUUUUGCCCUCAAUUUCUAUCCUUCCUGUUUUCCUCGUCCGUUUGAUGCCUGCCAUUGGCCGGGCUAUUUGCGAACCUCAAAACUGAACCCUGCGCGCCAUAUGCCCUUUGUGUUCUGUCUCUUCUCCUUCAUUCACACACACAUGUGCACAGGGCAAGUACUUUGCGCAAUUGAUUCCAUGAGUGGCAUUCUUGUUAUGGAUGUGGGUAAGUUGUGUUUCAAGGUUGUUGAUGGACUUGGGACCUGCGAGCAGCCAAUAAAAAGGUCGGAAAAGAGGGGUAGAGUUAAAAAUUUGCACUCUGUUGGAGUUAAUUAGGUUUAUUUUGGGAAAAGGCAUCAAUUCUGUUUAUGUUUGCAAUUUGCAUACUCUUUGGCCAUCAGUGGCUGAUGUUUUGCUUAAUAUAUCAUAUGGAUUAUACAAAUUAUUAUGUAUAUUAUUUUCGUUUUAUUGGUUUUGAUGAAUGUAACAUUUAAAUCAUCUUCUGUUGCUCUUC